AUGGGCCACCCAGUCCCCGACCUCGAUGAAAUAGGCAUUAAAGCCGAGCCCGAACUCGCAGAACAAUUCCGUCGCGAAGUCGCAGAACUCCUCGACCGCAAAAGCACAAGCUUCCCCGGCGCGCAACCAGUCUCCUUCUCCGCAAAACACCUGAUCGAACUCCAAAAGGAAGAUUACUACGUGUGUGAAAAGACGGACGGUAUCAGCGGGGACCCUGAUUCCGAUACACCUGAGGUUCAUUAUUUGAUUGAUCGGAAGAAUGAUUAUCGAUAUGUGCCGCAGUUGCAUUUCCCGUUACCGAAUGAUGACACUUUUCAGUCCUUUCAUGUGGGCACGCUUGUGGAUGGAGAGUUGGUGCUUGAUACCUAUGAGGAUGGGUCCACGCAGUUGAAAUAUCUCGUCUUUGACUGCAUGGUUCUCGACGGGAAGAGUCUUAUGCAUCGAACACUGGACAAACGACUGGCAUAUUUCAAGGAAAACGUCCUCAAACCUUAUAACGCCAUGUACAAGAAAUACCCCGAAGAGAAACAACAUCGAAUAUUCGCCGUGGAGGAUAAAUCGACUCAAUUCAGUUACGGUAUCGAGAUGAUGUUUCGCGAAAUUAUCCCCAAAGUGAAGAAAAUUCACGGAAAUGACGGGUUGAUUUUCACAUGUCGAAGCACACCUUACAAAAUCGGUACGGAUGAGCAUAUAUUGAAGUGGAAACCACCAUCAGAGAAUACGAUCGAUUUUCGGAUGAGGCUUGAAUUCCCGCUUUUGGAGCCGGAUACGGAUGACGAGGCGGAUGGGAUUGUUGAGCCGUAUUACGAUUACGAUGCUAUGCCGAUUUUCCAUCUUUUUGUACUUCAUAAUAAUAAUGAACACCGCAUCUUUAGCGAGAUGCACGUUACGCAAUCGGAAUGGGAAGCACUCAAAGCUCUUCAAAUACCGCUGGAUGAUAUAAUAGUUGAAUGUUACCAAGACGAUCGUGGACGAUGGCGAUAUAUGCGUUUCCGGGAGGAUAAGAAGGAUGCGAACCAUAUUUCGACAGUGGAGAAAGUUCUAGAGUCGAUUCAGGAUCAUGUCACAGAGGAAGAUCUCAUUCGUGCUGCCCCGGCGAUCAAGGCGGCUUGGAAGAAGAGGCAGGCGGCUGCUAUGCAGGCUGAGAGGAAACCUGGGCCUCCUCCGUCAGUACAAGCAGCAGCCGGAUCGGGCUCAUCAGGAGGAGUCUCGAAUGGGAACGGUGUGAAGAGAAAGUUUGUCGAGGAAUAA